CGGGAUGGCCGCCUCAUACCAAGCUGUUCAAGGUCGUUGGAAUGAAACGGCGUCGACUUUGAGUGGGCCUGACUUUAUCAUUCUCCCCUCAACAUUCGAGUAAUGGCUCACCCCAUUGUUGACGAAAGUCUUGGGAAAGAUUACCCAAAAGAGCUGUUGUUAAAAAAGCAUUUGAAGUUCUUAGUUAGAUGCAAAAGUGAGAAUGACAGCACUUUAGACUAUUGCAGAAUGUCUGGAAUCUACUGGGUUCUUACUGCUCUUGACUUGCUCGAUGCGCUGUCAGAAGUAGAUGAAAAUGAAAUAGUUGACUUUGUACUGAGUUGUCAGAAAACGUGUGGUGGUUUCGCUCCGUGCCCCAAACAUGAUGCACAUCUGCUCUCAACUUUAAGCGCUAUCCAAAUACUUGCAAUGUAUGAUUGCUUAAACAGAGUGAAUGUUGAGGCCGUGUGUGCAUUUGUUUCCAAAUUACAGCAACCAGAUGGAAGUUUCGCUGGAGAUAUUUGGGGGGAAAUUGACACUCGGUUUUCAUUUUGUGCCGUUGCUACACUGCAUAUAGUUGGAAUGCUUUCCAAAAAUACUAUCGACAUCGAAGCUUGUGCUUCAUACCUUGAAAAGUGUCAAAAUUUAGAUGGAUGUUUUGGAACUCGACCUGGGAGUGAAUCUCAUGCAGGUCAAGCAUAUUGUGUCGUGGGAGCUCUGGCUAUACUUCGUCAACUACAUCGAUUAAAUAUAGACCGUGCUGCUUGGUGGCUAGCCGAACGUCAGCUUCCUAGCGGAGGCUUAAAUGGAAGACCGGAAAAACAUCCUGAUGUGUGCUAUUCAUGGUGGACUGUAGCUACUCUUACUAUAUUUGGUCGUUUGACAUGGAUUAACCAGGCUGACCUUACUCGGUUCAUUUUGGCUUCUCAGGAUGACCAAACUGGCGGUAUAGCAGAUAAACCUGGAAAUAUUCCUGACCCAUUCCAUACUUUAUUUGGUCUUGCUGGUCUCUCUUUAUUAGCCCAGGUCGACUCAUAUUUCUCCUCACCAAGGAAAAUGGAAAAUGGAGUAAGUGGUGUAGAAGAUCCAGCCUUUGUCGCUUUACAAAUGGCUAGAAAUAAUUUGAAGACUAUUAAUCCAGUAUUAUGUAUGCCCCAAUACAUAAUAGAUCGAUUGCAGCUCAAAUUUCAACUACUGUAAAUAUUUUCUACCUACUGCAGACUUAUGUUGUAUUUUGUUUUUUCACUGGCUCUAAACAUUUCAUCCUACUACGUGGAGCUUAUAAUCGUUGUUCUUAACAAAAUUGUGGUUCAAGUGUACUGCUGAUCAAAGUGUUUUGGAAUCAGUACUUUAAUAUAUUGUAAUACGUACUUCUGACAUCCUCAACAUCAAUCUGUUUGUGGUCUUUCGUUAUCUAUACAGUCCCUGUGAUGUUCUUUUAAAACAUACCUCUUGUAACAAAAUUUUCAAAACAAAGAUUUUGUAUUUUCUCUUGUUUUUAAUUAGAACCAGCUAAGCACUUCAAUUAAAGUUAACAGAAAACCAUCAGUAGUCGUGUAUGUAUGACCAAGUAUCCCCGUGUGUAUGCUUCGUGAUAGUAUUACUACUGAUGGAAUAGGAUUUUUUAGGCAAUUGGUCGAACAUAUCAUAGUCUUUAAAUUUUGAAUGUUCUGGAUUAGCUUACAAUAAAGUGAAACAUGGUUCUGUAUAUAUUUAAAAUUUGUUGAUACAGAAACUUCCAAUAAAUCAAAUAUAUUUAUACGGAUAAGAAACUCCAGUUUUUAACUGAUUGGGAAAUUGCAUGCAAUUCAAAGAAUUUGUUAAUAUAUUUCUUUAUUGAACAUCAUGGAAACGUUUUCUGAGGAUUGGAUUUAUUGUUUAUCUUUAGCAGUUUUUAAUGCUCCUAAAUAAUCGACACAUUUUUCAAACUGUUUUCUUCACUGGUAAAUGUGGAAGCAUAAGUGCUCCCAGCUUUUCAAUGGUUGUCCGACAUGUUUCGGUUCGUGAUCUCAAUAAAAUUCAACAAUCUCCACAACCCCCAUAUUGUUAUUUUCUCACUAUUGUACAAAUCAAUCCUUCAGUAAUUCCAUGGAAAUUAUCUAAAGUGCAUUUUAGGAUUUGUAACGGAUUCUUAGUGUCACGUGAU